AUGCAAAUGGAAAAUGAAAAAGAUUCAUCUAAAUUUUCAAUAAUUGUUAUCGUUAGUAUAUUAAUAAAUAUUCUAUUCUAUCUAUGUUAUUAUUCGUUUCAAACAAUAAAAUAUUUCAAACAAAAAUGGUUAAAUAUAUUUAAUGAAUUAAUAUUAUCUAUAAUACAUCCAACUGAAAUUAUUUCAAUAUUUAAAGUAAAAUAUAGUUUAUACAAUAAAAAAGUAUCAAAAAGUGAACUUAAUCAAUUGGCUAUUAGUUUAAAUGAUAUUGAUUUUUGUUAUGCAACAUUAAAUAAAGUGAGUCGAUCAUUUUCAGUUGUUAUUGAACAGCUUCCUGAAUGUUUAAAAGAUAGUGUAUGUAUAUUUUAUCUUGUACUUCGUGGUCUUGAUAGUAUUGAAGAUGAUAUGACUUAUCCAGAUGAGAAAAAAAUUGUUUUAUUAAGAAAUUUUCAUAAAAAAUUAUUAAU